UCUACGACUAACCAGUUUAUUUAACAUAAUAUUACCGAAGUACUUUCCAAAUUUGGAUUUUUUGUUCGUAAAUCAUGUCGAAGUAUGUGGCUAGAGUGGGACCGGCAGUCUUUUCCAAGCUGGGCAAAUGGGCCUACAACCUGUCGGGAUUUAACCAAUACGGUCUUUAUCGCGACGAUUGCCUCUACGAGAACGAGGAUGUGGCGGAGGCAGUGCGUCGUCUGCCCCGCAAGAUGUACGAUGAGCGCAACUACCGCAUUAUGCGGGCACUCCACCUUUCCAUGACCAAGACUAUCCUGCCCAAGGAGCAGUGGACCCAGUACGAGGAGGACAUCAAGUACCUGGAGCCCUAUCUCAACGAGGUGGUGAAGGAGCGCGAGGAACGCGAGGAGUGGAACAAAACCCAUUAAUCCUACGGCCUCUGUUGAGUUUUAACCGAUUUAACAUAAAGAAAAUAAAUGGCAUU